AUGUCAAGUAAUUCAAGUUCACCUUGUUCGAAAAAGUCAAAAGCAAAGGGAAGACAACCCGAUCUUCGUGAAUUAUUGUGUAAAAGAAUGAAAUCCCAACAAACAUCUAACGAAGGCAAUGAAUCUCCUCCUUUAAGUUCCCCUCUAAGUCCUCCUUUAAGUUCCCCUCCAAGUGAAGAUGUUAAUAUGGAAGUAGGUGGUUCAAGUAGAAUUAGUUGUGAUGAACCAUUGGAUGAUGAGUGGGUGUAUGAUGUUGAACUUCUUCCUCAUGACCCGGGAUUGAGGAAAAACAUAAUGGAUUAUCCCCCUAAUGAAAGAAAUCCGGUUAGGAGAGCAUAUAUUCUUAAAAAACCUUGCCAACCAAAAAAACAUGAUUUCCCUCAAAGAAAUAUCUCUGGGUUUAGAGCGUGGAAUAAAUCUGAGAGGCUUGAGAAGCAUGUUGGAGGAAUUAAAAGUGCUCAUAAUAUUGCUUAUGAGAAAUAUAUGAAUCUAAGAGAUGCAAAGAAGACAUCAAUUGAAUUUGUAUUUGAUAAUGCGAGUGAGGUUCAAAUGAAUGAAUAUCAUAUUCGUUUGAAUGCAUCCUUAACUUGUUUGAGAUUUCUUUUGGGGCAAGGUUUGGCAUUCCGCGGACAUGAUGAAAGUGUGGAGUCAUAUAGUAGAGGUAACUUUCUUGAGCUUUUGAAGUGGUUGGGGGGGAAGGUUGAGGAAAUAAGAAAAUAUACUUUCCAAAAUGCACCGAAAAAUUGUCAAUUAACAUCUCCCAAAAUUCAAAAAGACAUUAUCACUUGUUGUGCAAAAGAGACUACUAAACGCAUAAUAGAAGAGGUUGGUGAUGGUUACUUUUCUAUUUUGGCCGAUGAAUCAAGUGAUGUGUCUCAAAAAGAACAACUAGCUCUUGUUUUGCGGUUUGUUAAUAGAGAAAAUGGAUCGGUAGUGGAACGCUUUUUAGGCAUUCUACAUGUGGGUGAUACUACCGCUUUGUCUCUUAAAAAUGCCAUUAUGUCCUUGCUUAUGGAACAUUCAUUGAGUCCUUCCAUGAUAAGAGGUCAAGGGUAUGAUGGGGCAAGUAACAUGAGGGGUGAAAUCAAUGGCCUCAAGACUUUGAUUAUGAAUGAUACUCCAAGAGCCUAUUACAUUCAUUGUUUUGCUCAUCAACUUCAACUAACUCUAGUUGCGGUUGCUAAAAAGAAUGUUAAUUGUAAUUGGCUUUUUGACGUACUUGCAAACUUGUUAAAUGUGGUGGGAGCUUCUUGUAAGAGAAGAGACCUUAUUCGAAAACACCAAGCUCAAGUAGUGGCUCAAGCUUUGGAAGUGGGGGAAAUUGAAAGUGGUCGGGUUUGA